GAGGCUCCCUUCUGCUGGGCCAUGAGUGAGCUCAAGGACUGCCCCUUGCAGUUCCACGACUUCAAGUCCGUGGACCACCUGAAGUUGUGCCCCCGCUACACGGUGGUGCUGGCCCGCUCCGAGGAUGAUGGCAUCGGCAUUGAGGAGCUGGACACCCUGCAGCUGGAGCUGGAGACCCUGCUGUCCUCCGCCAGCCGGCGCCUGCGCGUGCUUGAGGCCGAAACCCAGAUCCUCACUGACUGGCAGGACAAGAAAGGUGACCGACGGUUCCUCAAGCUGGGUCGAGAUCACGAGCUAGGAGCUCUCCCCAAACACGGGAAGCCCAAGAAGCAGAAGCUGGAGGGAAAGGCGGGACACGGCCCCGGCCCUGGCCCCGGGCGGCCCAAAUCCAAAAACCUUCAGCCCAAGAUCCAAGAAUACAAAUUCACCAAUGACCCAAUCGACAUGCCACGGAUCCCCAAGAAUGAUGCCCCCAACAGGUUCUGGGCCUCGGUGGAGCCCUACUGUGCCGACAUCACCAGUGAGGAGGUGCAUACUGAGGAGCUCCUGAAACCCCCUGAAGACGAAGCUGAACAUUACAAGAUCCCGCCCCUGGGGAAGCACUGCUCCCAGCGCGGGGCCCAGGAGGAUCUGCUGGAGGAGCAGAAAGACGGGGCCCGGGCUGCAGCCGUGGCUGUCAAGAAGAAAGGCCUCCUGGGGCCCCUGACCGAGCUGGACACUAAAGACGUGGAUGUCCUGCUGAAGAAGUCGGAGGCGCAGCACGAGCAGCAGGAAGACGGGUACCCCUUUGGCGCGCUGACCCAGCACCUGCUUCAGGCCCUGGUGGAGGAGAAUAUCAUUUCCCCCAUGGAGGACUCCCCCAUUCCUGACAUGUCUGCCAAGGAGUCGGGGGCUGAUGGGGCCAGCACCUCCCCCCGCAAUCAGAACAAGCCCUUCAGUGUGCCACACACCAAGUCCCUGGAGAGCCGCAUCAAGGAGGAGCUGAUUGCCCAGGGCCUGCUGGAGUCGGAGGACUCUGAGGACGAGGUCCUGGCCCAGCUGCGCAAACAGCAGGCGGAGCUGAAGGCCCUGAGCGCGCACAACCGCACCAAGAAGCACGACCUGCUGAGGCUGGCGAUGGAGGAGGUGAGCCGCCAGGAGCUGAGGCAGCGGGUCCGCAUGGCCGACAAGGUCGUGGACGCCUUCCGCAAGAUCAUGGCCACGCGGCAGAAGAAGCAGACCCCCACCAAGAAGGAGAAGGACCAGGCCUGGAAGAUGCUGAAGGAGCGCGAGAGCAUCCUGAAGCUGCUGGACGGGUAGCCCCGGGCCGCCUGCCCCGGCCUGGGUCUCUCCCCUUCCCUGCAGG